GACGGCCGUUCUCCGUAAGAUGGCGGACCGGCGGCGGCAGCGAGCUUCGCAGGACACGGAGGACGAAGAAUCGGGCGCUUCGGGCUCGGAUAGCGGCGGCUCUCCGGCGCGGGGCGGCGGCAGCGGCAGCGGGAGCGCGGGCGGCGGCGGCGGCGGUAGCGGCAGCGGCUCUCUGCCUUCGCAGCGCGGAGGAGGCCGGGCCGGGGCCCUUCAUCUGCGGCGGGUGGAGAGCGGGGGCGCCAAGAGCGCCGAGGAGUCGGAGUGUGAGAGUGAAGAUGGCAUCGAAGGCGACGCUGUCCUCUCGGAUUAUGAAAGUGCAGAAGACUCGGAAGGUGAAGAAGUGGGGGAGUAUAGUGAAGAGGAAAACUCCAAAGUGGAACUGAAGUCAGAAGCCAAUGAUGCUGCUAAUUCUUCAGCAAAGGAGGAAAAGGGAGAAGAAAAGUCUGACACCAAAGGCACUGUGACUGGAGAGCGGCAGAGUGGUGAUGGACAGGAGAGCACAGAGCCUGUGGAGAAUAAAGUGGGGAAAAAGGGCCCCAAGCAUCUGGAUGAUGAUGAAGAUCGCAAGAACCCAGCCUACAUCCCCCGGAAAGGACUCUUCUUUGAGCAUGAUCUUCGAGGGCAAACUCAGGAGGAAGAAGUCAGACCCAAGGGACGUCAGCGAAAGCUGUGGAAGGAUGAAGGUCGAUGGGAACAUGACAAGUUUCGGGAAGAUGAACAAGCUCCAAAGUCUCGACAGGAGCUCAUUGCUCUUUAUGGCUAUGACAUUCGCUCAGCCCAUAAUCCUGAUGACAUCAAACCUCGAAGAAUUCGGAAACCCAGAUUUGGAAGUCCUCCACAAAGAGAUCCUAACUGGAUUGGUGAGCGACCAAACAAAUCUCAUCGUCACCUGGGUCCUGGAGGUACCCUGCCACCAAGAACAUUCAUUAACAGGAAUGCAGCGGGUACUGGCCGCAUGUCUACUCCCAGGAAUUACUCUCGAGCUGGGGCUUUCAAGGAAGGUCGUGCCAGUUUCAGGCCUUUGGAGACUGGUGGGCAUCAUGGUGGCCGGUCUGGUGAGACUGUCAAACAUGACACUAAUUAUCGAUCACGGCGCUUGGAGCAGACUCCUGUGAGGGAUCCGUCUCCAGAAGCAGAUGCUCAAGUGCUUGGCAGCCCCGAGAAAGAGGAGUCGGCCUCAGAGAUUCCUGCUCCUCCUCCUGACAUUGUGCCACCAGCCCCAGAUAGACCCAUCGAGAAGAAAUCUUAUUCUCGGGCAAGAAGAACCAGAGUUAAAGCUGGAGAGGCGGUCAAGGUUGCAGAGGAGAUGCCUCCUCCACCCGAGGGGCUAAUCCCAGCACCUUCUGUCUCUGAAACAACUCCCCCACCACCUACGAAGACGGGCACCUGGGAGACUCCAGUGGAUUCUACUGCAGGUGGACUUGAGCAGGACAUGGCACAACUAAACUUAACAGAGCAGAAUUGGAAUCCGGGACAGCCUUCAUUCUUGCAACCACGUGAGCUUCGGGGCAUGCCCAGCCACAUACAUGUGGGAGCAGGACCUCCACCACAGUUCAACCGGAUGGAAGAAAUGGGUGUCCAGGGUGGGCGAGCCAAACGCUACUCAUCCCAGCGCCAGAGACCUGUUCCAGAGCCCCCUGCCCCUCCUGUGCAUAUCAGCAUCAUGGAGGGACAUUACUAUGAUCCAUUGCAGUUCCAGGGACCAAUCUAUACCCAUGGCGACAGCCCUGCCCCACUGCCUCCUCAGGGCAUGAUUGUGCAGCCUGAAAUGCACCUUCCCCACCCAGGUUUACAUCCCCACCAGACACCGGCACCUCUGGCCAGUCCAGGCCUCUACCCCCCACCGGUGUCCAUGUCUCCAGGACAGCCACCACCUCAACAGUUGCUUGCUCCUACUUACUUUUCUGCUCCGGGUGUCAUGAACUUUGGUAAUCCCAGUUACCCUUAUGCUCCAGGGGGACUGCCUCCCCCACCACCGCCUCAUCUAUAUCCUAAUACACAGGCCCCAUCACAGGUGUAUGGAGGAGUGACCUACUAUAACCCUGCCCAGCAACAAGUGCAGCCAAAGCCCUCCCCACCCCGCAGGACUCCCCAGCCAGUCACCAUCAAGCCCCCACCCCCUGAGGUUGUAAGCAGGGGUUCCAGUUAAUACGAGUUUCUGAAUAUUUUUGAUGUGACAUCAUAUGAAAACACAGCAAAGGGGAGAGCCCAGGAGAGAAGAGAAAUACAAGUGGCUACCCACUACCUGGAGACCUCAGAGAUCCAGGGUGACUCCUGCCAGCAGAGAGCUGACUGAGGAGGUGCCCUGCCUUUCUCUGAGGACAGGCUCUGUUGGAGAAAGGCAGCCCCAGUGGACCUGCUCCCUUCUCCCCCUUUGACUUUAGUUGGCUGUGGUCUGAGGAGCAAGAGACCCAGACAGCCUAAGCUUCGAAGUCCACGCCGGAAGCCCAGGUCUUUGUUGGUUUCUGCUUUUACCUGGGAAUCUCCAGUCAGCUCCCAGGGAUACUGUCUCUUUGUUUUGUUUCCUAAUGUGUUCAUUUUAAAAGCCUGGGCUUGCUAUUCUUAUAUAUUGAUAUCCUUAUUUCUUUCUAUUCCUCUUUGAUUUUAAAUGGACAAGUUCAUCCUUCUGGUCUGCUAGCUUCUCCGAGCUCCCUUUGGCUCUUCUACAUCCCAGUUAUUGACAGUGUACCAGUGUUCCCCCACCAGUUCUACCAAGAGCUGACCUUUUCUUUGUGGUUUGCCUCUACUGUUGUAUUCUUGAAUUAUCAUACUGCCUCUUCCUCCCUGGAAACAGCUAAUCUGUACAGAAUGAGUGUCAGACCCAUCUCUAAAUUGUGUGGAGAAACGCUCUUAAGUGGAUGGUUGGAGGUUCUUUUUUUGGGGGGAGAGGGU